GUACAGACAGCUGCUAGAAGGAAAGAGUCGUGCAAAAGAACAGGGAAGACGAAGAUCCGUACAACCACCAGGAUUAAAUUCCGAGAAACAUUCUGGUGCCUCGGCCUCCGUUCUGGCGACCCGGCAUUCAAUAGUACUUGCUACUCACUACAUUCUUGCAACACAGAAGAAUGCGCGUCACGGUUCUCGGCGGGGCCGGUAGCGUGGGGCAGCCACUUUGCCUUCUGCUCCAGGCGAACGAGAGAAUUACGGAGCUGCGAAUAUGCAAUACAAAUCUCCUGUACAACGACACGACGUACAAAAUGCAUCACAAAUUUCGCCCCCAACGCCAACUUGUAGGUACUUACCACACCAUUUGUCGUGCGGAGUCGGAUCGAACAAUCGAAACGUUUGUCUUUGUCAUGCAGAAGCCGCAUAAUUUAGAUUUCUUUGUUUUUGUAAGUACGUCUGCGUGUAGUUCUACGGAGAAUUCCCUAUGGAUACCGAAUAUUCGACGUUCACAACGACACAACCGAGGGCCUGGCGCUGGAGCUAUCUCAGCUACACACCGGAUGCAAAAACGUACAUGAUUUGCUCUUGAUCAUGCACAUAUGCAAAAACGUGCUUUCAUCGAGAAAGUGCUUCUCCUCGCCGGAUGCAGAGGCACAUGUUUCGACGUAGAGUUCUCGAGUGGUUUAUUCUCUAAGAGCAGCGUACCAUAUCAUUAUCCAUCUCCUUUCCGUAUCCAUCUUUCAAGAACUACAAUUUAUCUAUCAGAACAGCACUGAUUAUACAUCAGCAUCAUCAUCCAAAUUUCCACAAAGGUCUCCUCGUACGCCGGCAUGCGCAACAUCCAGAAGGCGCUACAAAAUGCCGACAUUGUCGUGAUUGCUGCGGGAGUGACGCACUUGCCAAAUGUGUCCCGGGACCAGUUAAUGACCAUGAACGCGAAAAUCAUCAAACAGUUGUCGGAGGCCAUUGCCAUGCACGGUAGUGCAUCCAGGCCGGUGGUUAUCGUAAGAAAGAACUGUCUCAAUGUCAGUUUUCUCAAACCUUUGCAAGAACAGCAAUACAAAUUACCUCAGCAUGACACGCAAAAGAACUACCUGUGAUGUGUCAGACACAUCACGUAGGGAAAACGCAUUAUGGAGGACGCGUUUCUUGUUCGCUCUAGCUGCAUAUCGAGCAUGACAAAAAAGUGUCUCGAGGAAAUUCCGCAUUGCAAGUUGAGACUGAGACAGUUUUUUUUCUUGCGAUAGUGGUUUGCAUCUUGUCCGAUCGAGAAUUCCUAGCGCAAAAGGUGGCGAUUGUCUCCGAAGUGCUGAAGUUUCUAUCCUGUGCAAAAGUACCGUACUCGUAUUCAUUGUAAAUGUAAUCAUGCAUUACAAAUCUUUUUCUUAAGGUAGAUCAGCAUUACAGAUUUGAUUUCUCAUGCUGAGGAAAUUUGUAAUGCAUGACUUGAUACGAGUGCGAUACCAUGUUCGCACUUCAUAGUUUCACGGGGUCUACGAUCCGCGAAAGCUGUAUGGAAGCGUCAGGAUUGAAAUCGUCAGAGUUGAAAUAAUUUCUCAUGCAUAAAUUGAAAGGCAUCAAGUGCCUCUCUUGCAGGGGCGGCAAGUGAGGCCGACUGUCAGCCUGUUUGGGGUCUGCGGUAGAGCCGCUGAAGUAGCAUGACAAAAGACGCCUUCUGUCCCAAAACAGCAUGACAAACUGGAUUUAGACAUGGCCGAAAUUUUUCAUGCGCCGCUUCUUGAAAAUUGGGCUUCCGACUGGUAUCGAUUUCAUGCAUGGCAAAUCAUUUCAACUUUGUCGAUUUCAAACCUGACACUCCCAUAAGCUGCUCGGGGUAACCACGCUGGACGUGAUUCGGGCGAAAAGGCUGCUGCAGGACUACUAUUUAUUUUCGAGUUCUUCUGGUUCUGGUGCAACUGCUUCUUCUCCGAGCAAAAACGCCGGAACAACAGGCUCUAGCGGAACUGCAAGUGCGGAUGGUGUUCCUCCUCCGCCUUCAGCGUGUAGUGCCAGAACCCUGCCGAUGGAAUCCAUAGUGGUGGACGUGAUAGGUGGACACGAGGGGAAAACGAUCGUUCCGCUUUUGAGCCAGGUAAGCAUAGCUUUGAGAUUGAGUGUACGAUUACGAAACGUCUUCUACAUAGAAUCUUCAUGGUCUUGUUUGUGAACAAAACAGAUCAUCAUAGAUGGAACCUAUAAUAUUGAUGAUGUCCAUAUGCUUGGUUGAUCCUGUCGGAUGGUUGUCUACGUCGAAAAAUAAACCAUUAUAUAAUGGUGUUCUUGGUCAUGGUCUGCUAUUAGAAGUGUAGAAAAACUACUUUAACCCUUCUCGAUCUUUUCCUCUCCAGGCUCAUUGCGUCCCUCCCGACUCCGCGGGUGGUCCUCCGUCAAGUCCGAGUCCGAGUGCGAGUAACUCCACUUCUCAGCAUACGAGAGUACACAACUCGUCCCCCUCCCCCUCAUUUGUAUGGCAUGAACAGCAAUACAAACACUAGCACACGUGGAGCCUGGUCGUGCGCACGACAGGUUCAUGUGCGUAGUGUAGUACUGGUUCUUGGGCUUCCGAAAUUUGUCAUGCAAACAGUGCCACAAGCCAGCACUUGGAUUUGGUAUUUUGCAUGACAAAUCAUGAAGAGAGGGACUCUACACUCUCAUACAACAGCAGCCUGUGGAGGUCGUCACCGUGACAACCGUCCGGCCUCCGGGAAACGAAAUUUUUCCGCUACACCUCCCGAAAGUCGACCACCAGCGAAUCACGCAGACACUGCAGAAAGCAAGCAAACGCAUUUCGGAAGUGAAGAAAACGGCUGGUCCUACUUUGUCCGCGGCGGUUGCGGGCGCAGAAUUUGUCUCCAAGUUGGUGUUGGCGUUGAGCGGUGCCAGUAAUGGAGGAAGAAAUUCAAACAUUGUGGAGAAAGAGAAUCCUAAUUCAGGAGUACUAUCAGCAGGAGCAGCUACUUCAUCUCCCGCGUCAAACAGGAACAAGAACGCUGUCCUACCCCUCCAAAGCAGCAUGGUCCCGUAUCAGUCUACUUCUCCCUGGAGAAACAAGAGCCCACAACUUUUGCCUCCUGUUGCAGGAGGAGCAACAGGAGCAUCAGCAGGAGCAGCUCCUUUGAAGAUGUCUACCAAAACGAUCCGCGAGUGCUGCUUCAUCGAGAACACGUGCCUUCCCGGAGCGAGGUUUUCCGCGAUGCCGGUUUUGCUGGGGGCAGACGGGGUGCAAGAAAUUUUACACGUGGAGUUGGCGUAUGCGUUGCAAAUAUAGUACGUGGUCUGCAGCGGCCUCCUCCUCCUCCUCUCGAAGAUCUUCAUUGAUGCCAGACUUCUUGCCAUGACUCGGGACGACUUUGUGAUGCGCGACAGCGUCCUCGAAAAGGCCUUGCGGAGGUUCGUCGUGAAAGCAAAGACGACACGACAGCUUUAGAUGCAGAAUGCGCAACACAAAACAGCUCUCCGAAAAUUUGUCAUGCUUCGCUGCGUGUUGAAGUUGAUGCCGUAUGUUCCUCAUCAUGAUCAUUCAAUUUCUAGCAAUCCACCAGAGGACCACCCAGACUACAAACUACUUUUGCAGUGGAUAUGUGCACCCUGAGCGAAUCGGAGCAGGACCAGAUAAAAAAGAUGCUGCCGACGUAUCCAUGGUGAAUUUUUUCCCCUACAGGAGGUCGUACAAAUGAGGUUUCCGCAUGACAAAAUCAUUUGCCUUCAGCAAUCCCAUUCACCAUGACAAGUGCGGACACACUCUAAGAAAGUUGGUGCAUCAAUUUGUCAUGCAUUUCGUGCAGGUACGGGAAUAAAUUUGCAUUGCAUAAGACGCUGGUGGAACACAUCGAGUCCGGCCGGGAGCUGGCGUUGGAACUGCUGCAGAACUCCUUGACCAGCUCGGAAGAGGAAGAGGCCAUGCAAAGCUAUGAGAGUACACAACUCCCUCUCCCCAUAAUUUCUAAUGCAAAAUACCAAAGAACCCAUAUCUUGCCUGUAAGUACAGUUUGCAUGACAAAUUUUGGAACCUUCACCUCCUGCAGUACUAGAAUACGACAUGCCGCAUGUAUUGUCAUGCGGAAGUCACAUUCCAGGCGUUGCUUGUAUUGCUGUUCAUGCCAUACAAACGAGGGGCAGGGGGAGUUGUGCACUCUCAUAAAAGCGGCCUAGAAAACAUCAACGACGAAGGAGGGCUGGAACAGCAAGGGGGGACAACGUCUAACAACCAAAGCUAUUACAAUGAAAAAUGCCCCCUCCCCAUAUCAAAACGGAAAUCUGUGAUGCAGAUUUGUGGUCACAAAUCAGCUAGAAGGCAAAAGAGGCGGACUGUAGUGCUGCGUAGCGUGGGAAAGCCUUGCAGCUCCAGGAUGACAGGAGGCAACUGGAAGCGGGAAACAGCAUGACAGAUUACCUGCAAUUUAGGCCGCAGCUUCGUCUCGUCUUGGACUUCUAGCAAUACAAGUCGAUUUGUGUACUCAGAUACAGCAUCACAAAUUCGCGCGUCUUCCGUUUCCGAUAUGGGGUGGGGGCUUUUUUCACUUCGAUAAAAGCAGGAGCGCAACCAGAAGUGCCUCGGACGAUAUGGAGACAGGCAACUACGGCGGUGGUGUUCUACUUGGGGCCGCUGCUGCUGCUGCUGGUGCUGCUACAAGGACUUCGAAUAAAGUGAUAAACUCCGCACGCGGAGGACGUCGAGGAGCGGGAGGUGUCUCUUCUUCAAAUUUAUCCUGUGCAGAAGUAUCGUACUCGUAGUAAUUGCAAUGAUGCAUUACAAGUUUUUUCCUCAACGUAAAUCCGCAUUACAAAUUUUAUUUCUCAUGCUGAGGGAAUUUGUCAUGCAUUUUUACGAGUGCGAUACUUCUGCAAUUCAUAAAAUUUUCUUCUAACCGCGUCAACCCGCGUUGUUCCGAACUCCGCCAGACUGUCGACCAGGCCGCUUUAUGCAUUGCAAAAGUAACGUACUCGUACUAAUUGCGUUUAUGCAUUACAAAUCUCUUUAUUAAGGCAAAUCCGCAUUACAAAUUUAACUUGUAACAACUUAUACUCGUACGAUACUUUUGCACAGGAUACGCUUGUGCAACCUGCAACGUUCUUGGGAGCGGGUUCUACUGCUGGGCCACCAGUGCGGGGCCGGUAUAGAAGAUAUAUUGGCCUUUCUUGUGGGUAUUCUAUUGAUGGUGGUGUUCUUGGGGCGUACUGUUCUUUGUCUUGUGGCAUGUAUUGUCGCUGUAGGAAUAUUACAUUAAGUAUAAGAAUUUUAUUUUUAUACUUUCGCUCUAAUUUUUCUGUUUGCUCCACCUCCUUCAGGUCGCCACGCCCGGCUUUGAACAUGAACGCAAGACCUCGCUCCACCAGUCUCUCCAUCGUCCAGCCACAAUUCCCGCUCAACACGGGCGGACUCGGCGGGAACCAAUCGCUGUCCAAAACCUCCGCUCCUCCCGCAGUGUCGUCGGUCAGUAGCCGAAGUGCGGCAGGAACAUCAGUGCCGGAUCUAUGACAGAGAAAAGUUCUUGACGUUCAAGGAGCUUUUUGUGAUGCAAGAGCAAGAACGUGCGUAACAAGUAAAAAAAAUACUGUGAGAUCUCUACUGCAUAUUAGCAUGAUGCACGGUAGAAGAUGAAAGUUGAGGAAGAGUGAGAAUCUGUAGUCACGUCUGCCUGCAAUCUGUCGAAACGACCCCUAAGCAACGCUAGCACUUUUCUCAUUGAUAGGAUCAGCAGCAAUCUCAGAAAGCACCACCUCUCGUCGCACAGGCAAAACUCGGCGUCGCCCCAUCUGCGGCGCAAAUUUCCGACGGGAAGACUGCUGCCGCGAAAGCUUGCGAGAUGAUGCGGACCUCUACCAAUAAGCAGCCUGCCCUCGCUCCCGCCGCGGCGGUUCCAAAUUACCAAGCCAGUGACCAUUUGCGGUCGGUCCUGCAGCCGGCCCUGUCAGUGCCGAGGCUGGACUUUCCACAGGGACCUUCUACGACAAUAGGAGCAAAGAAGCUGAGCGCUGAGAAUGUGACGGGCGGGGGCGGUGCAAUCGGGGUUUCGGUUCCUACAGCUGCAUCGACGUCCGGAACAAAUACAACUAGGGAACAACGAGGGUACAAGCCGAUGUUCUCCACCACUCUGCUGGGAAGUACAAAUUUGUCGACCUCGAAGACGGUUGGAGGUGGCGCGGUGGCCCACCAGCAGCAGCAGCAGCAGCAAUACAAGCUUCAAUUUGGACCGAAACUUGUUGGAGGAACUGCUACUGCAGCAGCAUUGUCAUCAAUCACUAGUAGAAGUAAGGAGCCACAGCAGGAGCCGCAACAAGAAGAACAUCAGAGUCUUCAAAACAUCAUUUCAAACGCUCGCACAAUCAUCAGCACUACAACAGGCGGGCCACCACCAGUGCCUCAACGUUUCCAACAAGAACUGCUACCAGAACCAGUGGAAGUGGUGGCGACGCCGAAUAGUGAAGGUGGACAAAAAGCACUGCAUAAGGAACAACCAGAAGGAGCGCCUAGUGAAGACAAGGGUCCAAACUACGCAGAUGCACCAGCACCAGCCGCGACGCAAAACCGCGUCCUCGGAUCGUCAGAUGAAGACGAGAUGCACCAUCGCUCGCACGCACGAGAGGGCAACUUCUUCGCGCAGCCCGAUGGCAGUGUGCUCCCAGCGAGCGCUAUGAGAGUGCACAAGUUCAUCCCCUCCUCCUCAUUUGUAAUGCAAAAUAUCAAUAAUUUCAAACUGUUUACAUGACAGAUUCAUCCGGAUCUUCAUGCCCUCCAAACAGUACAAGUACUAUUUUAAUAGGCGCAUGAAGAACUUGCCAUGCACAGGCUCCACAGAUGUGACUGUUUGUAUUGCUGUCCAUGCAAAGAUACAAAUGCGGGGGAGGGGGACGAGUUGUGCACUGUCAUAAGUGCGAAGAAACCCGGACAGUCAGCGACGACGUUUGAAGAGCAUCUGGAGAGAAUGAAGCGCCUGUCGGAAAGCUUGAGCAAACAGUCAAACAACUCGAAGGCUUCGAAUGAGAUGAAUAUGGAUUACAAAAAUGUCUGGGUCUGCAAGAUUGCAACUUGUCAUGCUGUCUUUGGAUUCCAAAAAAAUCUGUAUUGCGUGACCAGCAACAGGAGUCCAGUUUGUGUUACGCGGACGAGAGGGCAUUUCAUUCUCAUGCGGAAUAGGCAUCAGGAAGCCCUCUAGAAAUCUGUGAUGCUAGAUCAUGCAUUACAUGCGUCAUGGAUCAUACAAAAUAUGCAUCACAAAUCCCGGAAUCUUCCAGACCCAGACACUUUUGCAUUUGAUAAUGAAUCCAAAGGAUCAACAGGAGCUGGCGUCCGUGUCCAGUAAGGAAAUUUCCACACUGUACGAUAUCCUGUGCAAAAGUAUCGUACUCGUACAAAUGCUAAUGCAAGGCUUGCUUUACAAAUCUUGUUUCCAAGGUAAAUCUGCAUUGCAAAUUUUAUUUCUCAUGCUGAGGAAAUUUGUAAUGCAUUUAUACGAGUACGAUACUUUUGCAGUUCAUAUACGAGGAGUUUCAACAGUUGAAGCGACAAGUGAAACAGCAGGGGAUGGUGUUUGAUAGUAGUGAAGAUAUAGGCACCACUGGAAAAAAUACAACAAAUAACAUCGACAACGCCACCAGCACUUCUUCAGCAAGCAACAACAUUUUUGGAAAAAAACUACAACCGGUCGGCAACAGUCUAGAGGACCUGGAUAUGCAUUGCAAAAAUGUCUGGGUCUGGAAACUUGUGAUGCUAAAAUGUGGAUGAUGGAAACAGUUCCGAAUGCAACUACACAGCAUGACAGCUUUUCAGAACACUUUCUCAUAGGAAAUUCGCAUGAGAAACCGCGUUUUUGCAUGUACAAAGAAAAGAGGCUGCGACUUUUGUUGGCUAUGCAAUACAGAUUUCCGUGGUAUGGAGAGCUAGCAUUACAAGUUGCAACCUUGUUCCGGACCCAGACAUUUUUGCAGUUGAUACUGGACGCCUUACUUGUGUCCACCGUGCAAAACUUUGCCACGUCGCCGUUGCCAGAGAGAACACAAGAAGAUAUGAGAGUGCACAACUACUCCCCCUCUUCCUCAUUUGAAGGGCAUGAACAGCAACAGAAGCAAUGCCACAGAUGUAGUUAUCCGGACGCCGAUUGUAGUCCUGUUGGAGCUGCGUCCAAAAUUUGUCAUGCGCAGAGCGCCUGCAGCUGCAAGGCAAGAUCGAUGUGGAUCAUUCGACGGUAUUUCGCAUAUACAAAUGAGGGGGACGAGGAAGAGUAGUUGUGCACAGCCAUAGAGGAGUCCCGGUUUCUAUCCAAGAAAAAAACAGUGUUAGUGUAACUUUCUUUGGUUGCCAGCAUCACAAAUUUGCUCUACAUGACAGAGAAAAUCUCUCAUGCGCGGUUUGUAAGGGAAAACACACAUGAAAAGAGGACUUCAUGGCUGUCUGGCAUGACAGGUGUAACUCUGUUGCAUAUUCUGCAUUACAGAGUUACACUUACACAGUUUUUUUCUUGCAUAGUUUCUGGAAGACAUGCAGCUGUUGAAAAAGAUGGCGGAGUGUGAAAUGCUAUGCUGUGCAAAAGUAUCGUACUCGUACUAAUCGCAUUCAUGCAUUACAAAUCUUGCUGUCAAGGUAAAUCCGCAUUACAAAUUUUCUUUCUCAUGCUGAGGAAAUUUGUCAUGCAUUUAUACGAGUACGAUACUUUUGCAAUGCAUAAAUGCAAAUAUGUCUGGGUCUGGAAGAACAACAAGAGUGGAACCUGUGUUGUGCUGUGUCUUGGAUUUCUGGAAAAUCUGUAUAGCAUGACCAACACAAAAGAGCCUUCUUCUUCUUCUUUUGUCAUGCAAAAGCGAGCAGCAUCCGCAUCGCCACGAGCUCAAGCACAACUCCGCAUCACAAGUUUCCAGAUGCCCAGACACAUUUGCCUUUGAUACGGAGGAGAACCCGAACAAACCCCCGCCGGCCGAAGCGAUUGAAGUGCUAAAGCGGGUAAGACAAACGUUGGCGGGACAAGAAGGGAUCUUAACGACGGCGGGGCGAAGUCAAGACCGCACAGGUACAGGAGACGUUGCAUCUUCUGGCGCGAAGAAGUCUCAAAGUCCAAAGCCGUUUGGUGCUGCAGCUGGCGGUAUGAUCAGCAGAGGACAAGCGUUGUCGAAAGGAGGCCGACAGAUUGUCGUAGAAGCAGGGGACGAGGUAUGGAUUGCAAAAGUGUCUGGGUCUGGAAGAGCCAAACUUGUGAUGCUGCAUCUGGAUGCUCAAAAAGUCUGUAUUGCACGAGCAGCAAGAGGAGUCAAAUUUGGCUACGCGGAGAAGGCAUUUGUCAUGCAGGACGCGCAUCGAUAAGCAUAAGCGCUCAAAUAAAAAUCUGUGAUGUUAUUGCAUACAACAACAGAGACAUCAUGGAUCAUGGAAAAUGUGCAUGACAAACUUCUCCUCUUCCAGACCCAGACAUUUUUACAUUUGAUAGGAGGCGGGUGUCACGACCGCAGGUGACGAGGAUGACAAAGCUGGUCCCUCUACCCAGCUAUCAAGUACAAAUAGGUGAUGUGCGGGUCUGGAGGAAACCUAAAAAAAAAUGAUGCCGAAUGGUCAUGAUUGAGUGUGCCUUUCCUUUUGAGCGCGCCGAAGCAUGACAAAUUUUUCAAAUGACGGUAGUUUCUUUCUCGUCUGAUGCGCAGUGCGCAUUUACAAAAUGCAACUUUGCAUGACUAAAGUCAGUGUGACGCUUUUGCGCCAAUGCAGAUUUUUCAGAAGUGGAGGUGCAAGACACGCAAUAGGAGUGAGUCCAGCCUUUGCCUUUCGUACAGAACACCAGACACAUUUGCAAUGCAUACCAGCAUCACGAUUCGCAGAUCGGGUUUGGGAACUCCGCCGCUCUGGGAACGUAUCACAGGAAAAAGUGGUAACGUUGUCGGUUUUAGGGUAUUGCAUUCCUGCAUGACACAUUUUCGCGUAUCAUGCAUGUUAUGCAAUACAAAUUUGGGGCUGCUGGGGAUCAUUUCUCCUGCGCUCCCGCAUGCCAAAUUCCUUUGCCGUUAACGCUUUUUGGUGUGAUAGUACGAAGUCGCCAAACAUCGCCGCCUCUCGAGAAGCGAAGGAGAAGGCACAGCAAGCGACGAUGGAAGUGAAAGGGUUGAUGGACCAGCUAGACAAAUCCGCUGCGGUGGUAACCGCCCAGGAGGAAAAAGCCACGCAGCCACCGCAGCAGCUUUCCCCGCUUGCAAACAGUCACCCGCGGUAUCAAGUUCACAACACUGCAGAGGCGCUGCAAAUUACAACUUCGUCGUCUACUCCCGGAAAGAAGGGGAGUUUGAAGAAUAGCAUGAACGCCAGGAAUAUCCACAGAAAAAAAUCUAUGUCUAUCCCCAUCCAAAUCCAAUUUGUCAUGGAAAACAUGCAUAAAAUCCAGCGCCUAUCAUUCAAAAAAUGGUUGUGGAUGGGUUAUUCUUAUUUUUUUUGUGGAUAAGGAAAGGACUGCCAACAUCUUCCGCGACAACUGCAACCUCAACUGUCGGUGCGCCCACCACUCCGCUGACCACGGAGCCAGCGCCGGGGAGGAAGCCCACUGUCGUGCCGAUCUCCGCGGGGGAUGGCAGCACCGUCGCGAGUACUACAGCAGGUGGUGCCACAACCACCACCGCCCGGACGUCCGACCCCUCGAAGCAAGGAAAAAAGAAGGGACAGCCCGGCGGCAGCAGAGACGGCGCCAGUUUGACUGUUGGAGGUGGAACAACAGCAGGAGCGCCCGCAAAGGGACCAACAUCCUCGUCGGGAGCUGCUGCAACAGCUGGCGUUGCGAAUAAACCCACGCCCUCUGCUGGUAAAGGUCCCGAAGCCGCGCGGCAGCGAGCUUUGCAGCAGGCGGCCGCAUCUUCCCCCGCGAGGCUCCCGGCGGACGUGCACAGCGUGACGCUGAAAGAACCCCACUACGCGCCCGCGAUGUCGUAUGACAGCCUCAGAACGGAAAUCCUCAAAGUGGAAAUGAUUUGUAAUGCAAAAAAACGACUCCAGUUGGAGCGCCCUUUCUAGUCGGCGCAUGACAAAUUUACGGGGCACUCAAAGUAUGUCUUUCAUGCUAGUCAGGGCAAAGGGGUGCCCUUCUCUCGUGCUGAUCAGCAGCCCAAUUCUGAACCCGUAGAAGCACAAUAGUCGGCUUCCAUUGCGCCCUCUGCAAUGCAGUUGCUUUGGUGUCGCAUUUCUUGCAUCGCAAAUUAUUUCCACUUCUCAGAAUUUCCAUUCUGAGGCUUUCAUAUGUCGGUGUUGAAGUCCGCGAAUUCUCCGGUAAGGCCGAACCCACCCAUAUCCUGAGUAAAAACGUCCCCACACCAGAGUUGUAACGCAGAUUUGCAAAGACAGGAAGACUUGUAAUGCGCAUCCCCAUGAGAUCCAUUUCCAGUCGUGUUUUGGAAUUUGUGAUGCUGUGAACAGGAUGAGCAGAUGAAUCUGUGAUGCAGCUGGCCUUGCUAACCUGCACUACACUGCAGAUUGGAACUUGUCAUGCGUGACUCGUUUUGUGUGAGGAGUAUAGUGGGGAGUGCCAGGUCCAUAGGGCCCGGGGGGGCGGCGUCUUCGGGUUGAUCAAUUCACCUGAUACACAAUGUCCCGCCCGCAGUAGCACAGUCUGUUUAUGUCAUGCGUGACUCGUAAAACUCCUCGGCUUGUGUUGCAAAAUCCCCAUCCUGACUCUGGUGUGGGUACGUUUUUACUCAGGAUAACCCACCAGCGCGCUGCGGGCGGCUGGGCAGGGCACGAGCAGCGGAUCCCCCACGGCACAGCACGUAGUAGCUGGCAUGAUCCAAAGUGGGAAGUCCGGCGGCGCGGUUGGGUCGAAGCCGAUGGGGAAGCGGUCGAUGAACUCCAGGAAAGACGGACCGCCGGACGCUCCGGCCUCGAGACGGGUGUUGUGA